UAGACAAUGUAAAUGAGUCCUUGAAAUCAUUCCCUAUGAGAUCAAACCUGGAUUGCGUUGAUAGGAUGGUAAUGGAAUCUGAAUUGUUGAAUUUACAGCCACCACCCACCAUUUACACUGAUGUAAAUAUAGUUCCUGAGCAAGAAAAGAAUUCGCUUAUGCAAUCCAUAUCAAAUCUAGAAGGAGAAAUUGCUCAGUUGAAACAGAAGGAGAGGUCAUUGACCAAGAAGCGUAAAGAAGCAUUGAAUAAGAUAUUAGAUAUUAAAGGCUGUAUUAGAGUAUUUUGCCGAAUUAGACCAUUUCUACUGACAGAGUGGAGAAGAAUUCAUGAACCCGUGUUAAUUGAGUCAGAAAAGGUUGUAAUCAAAUAUUUAGGAAGUAUGAAAGCAUUCAGAUUUGAUAAAGUUUUCAAUCAAGCAGCUACUCAAGAGGAUGUUUUUACUGAUGUUGAGCCAAUCCUUAGAUCUGCACUUGAUGGGUACAAUGUAUGUAUAUUCGCUUAUGGUCAAACUGGCACUGGCAAGACAUUUACAAUGGAUGGCACAAAUGACCAGCCGGGGAUCAUCCCUAGGGCUCUUGAAGAGCUUUAUCAUCAAGCUUCUUUGGACACCUCUUAUUCUGUAACAUUUUCCAUGAGCAUGUUGGAAGUUUACAUGGGAAAUCUGAGAGAUCUACUAGCUCCAAAAGUUGCAUAUAAAUCGUAUGAGGCAGCAGCAAGAUGCAAUCUUAACAUACAAACAGAUCCGAAGGGAUUGGUGGAAAUUGAGGGAUUAACAGAGGUCAAAAUUCCAGAUUUAGCAAAAGCAAAAUGGUGGUACAGCAAGGGUCGACGAGCUAGAUCAACUUCAUGGACUAAUGUGAAUGAGACAUCAAGCAGGUCGCACUGCUUAAUGAGGAUCAACAUUUCUCGACAUGGAGAUGAUUUGAAAGCUAAAGCCAAAGUAAGCAAACUGUGGAUGGUGGAUCUUGGAGGUAGUGAACGCUUGUUAAAAACAGGGGCUACAGGGCAGACACUUGAUGAAGGAAGGGCCAUAAAUCUCUCUCUUUCUGCUUUAGGAGAUGUUAUUGCUGCUCUCAGAAAGAAGAGAGGUCAUGUGCCUUACAGAAAUAGCAAGCUAACUCAAAUCCUGAAAGAUUCCUUAGGUGACAGUUCAAAGGUUAUAAUGCUUGUGCAUGUAAGCCCUUGUGUGGAAGACGUUGGAGAGACAAUUUGUUCUUUAAGCUUUGCAAAUAGAGCAAGAGCAAUUGAAACCAAUGGAGAACUGCCAGCGGACCUAAUCAAGCAAAGGCGGAAAAGAAUCUCAGAGCUUGAAGAAGACAUGAGAGAAGCUGAAGAAGGAUGCCAGAAGAUCAGGAAUCAAAUACAAACGGCAAAGUUCCUUUUAAUUGAAAACAAGAAACUUCUUGUAACCACAUACCAACUCCCUGACAAAGAAGAGUCACCUAGAAGUCUUGCAGAAGAUCAUUUGCAAGUCACUGAAACUCCUUCAAUUACUGAAACCAGAACUAAGAGAAGCUUGAUUACUUCUCUCCCAAGAUUCAUGACUUCUACCGUAGCUAGUCGUCAAAGGCAAAGUGUUGCCGAGAAGGAGAUUGUCAGAAAAGCAGGAAGUUUCAGGUCAGGUUCAAGAAGUUCAGUCCAGUUCUUGGCUUCUCAGUCCCUCAGUUAUUCAGAUUUGCGUCUCAAAACACUUCUACGGGAUUCAAAAAAAAAAUCACGGUAUGCUGAGGCAAAAACUAUUGCCACCCAAAGUCUCAAAUGCAAUGACACAGAUUUGAGGACAGCGACAUUGCCUCGGAGCAAGAUGGUUACUUCAUCAGAUCCAAACUUGAGAAUUACACUUUGUCGCCAUAGAAGACGAAUGUCUGAUCUAAUCUAAGUGGAAACAGAACUUCCAUUUUGGUGACUCUUUUAGUUGUCUAAUGCUGGUAGAUCUGUGUGAAAUUAUUAUACUUUUGAUCUGGAAGAGGCUUUCUGGAGUGACUUCUUUUAGAUUCUAUGUCAUAUAUUGUCAUACUGUUGGUUUGCUUAGGUUUGGUGGGAUCUGUUAAUUUUUUUUUUUUGUUCUGUAUUAGAUCCCUGUCAUCACAUGGGUUCUGCAGUUUAGGUUGAAGGGAAUUGUUAAUUACUCAUUAACGUGAUCAUUGUAGUACUGAUUUUAUUUAUAAAUUUGUUCAGAACCCAUUGACAAAGUA